GGAGCGGCGGCGGGUGCGGGAGCGGUGGCGAUGGCUGCGGUGCGCGGGCUCCUGCUGCUGCUCUGCGGUGCCGCGCUGGGACCCGCCGUGCACCUCGACUUCGCCGAGCACCGCAGCCAGGCGGCCAAGAUCAAGGUCAACCCCCGCGGCAACCUCUGGGCCACAGGUCACUUCAUGGGGAAGAAGAGCGUCACGGGCUCCCCGCACCUGGAGUCCCCGGGGGAGCCCGCAGUGCCGGUGGCCUUCGGUCCCUCUCUCAGAGCCUUGCUGGAGGACGUGAUGGAACUGCUGACCCGGGAGCUCCUGAAAAUCCUUUUGCAAGAGAGACUUUUGAAUGAGAACCAAGGAAAAUACGAUCUCACUGACCAGGAGACAGGGCUUCUAGCAAAGGUGCUGGAGAAGUAUUUUUCCAACUGAAGCAGCCCAGCCAUGGAGGGUGAGGUCUGAUGGCAAAUGGAGGAGUGUGUCGGCGUUGUGGGUUACUGGAGCAACACCACUUUGAUUUAUUCUUUCUGUAAUAUUGUUAAUAGUGGUUGUUCUUAUGGAAAGAAUUUUCCUGGGUAUUGCCUGGAUGUUUGCUGCUUCCUUGGUGUCUGAUGUACCCGUGUGAAUAAAACUGGCUCUUUGCA